AUGGGCGCAUUCAAGGAGGAGAACCUGAUCGUCAUCGCGCCUGGCUCGGCCACCACUCUCGCUGUUGCGGGGCUAGCGGAAUCACUUGCGCCGGCCAAGCUGCGUGUCAAGUCGCGCAUGUUUCCAGCAGAAAACGGAGAGUGGGAACCCUUCAAAGUGCGCCGGAAGACGGCAGAAAACCAGCAGCCGGAGCAAGAGCCCGCGUACGAAGAGGAUGUCAUGUCUGAGGAGGGCGCUGUAUGGCCGAUGGUGGAGGGCAGGAUCGUGAACUGGCCCUGUUUCUUCGCGCUCAUCACACACGUCUACAACACACUCAAUCCGCCGUUUCAUACACCUAUAUUACUCGUUGCGCAGCCCGCAUGGACAAACAAAGAGACAGAGAAGAUCACGCAGUUCUUCUUCGAGAAGUUCAAAAUACCCGCUUUUGCCUUGGUGGACUCGGCCACGGCAGCCUGCUGGGCAUAUGGCACGAACACGGCUACGAUUGUGGACAUAGGCUGGCAGAAGGCCGACGUGACAGUAAUCUACGACUAUGCGGUACAAAGUGCUGGGAGGUCGAUAGCGAUAGCGAACUGCGGAGGAGAAGCGUUCACGGAGCGGCUGCUAGAACUGCUGAAGCCAAGGGGGUUCACGAGAGAAAUGUGCGAGCAGCUGAAGAGGAGCCCUAUCUGUGAGGUAUUACCACCUGGCACACCUUUGCCAGGAUCCUCAGCACCAGACCAGGAGCAAGUUACAAAUCCUGCGGCAGCUGCUUCAACAGGAGCAAGCGCAUCUGGCCCUGCCGCCGCAGCAGCAAUAGGGACAGGGCCGAGGGGACCCGGUCCGGACACCGAGGUCGGUGAGGAGCAGAAGGACGAAGAGGACAAUGAAGGUGUGCUGGACGUAGCAAGCAUUGUGGCUGGCGGCAAGAUGAACGAGUAUCUGGCGAAGAAAGAGAAAGAAAAAGCCGAAAGGUUGGCGGCCAAGAAGAAAGGAGGCGAUGCCGCGGCGACAGCAGCAAAGCCGGUCCGGCUGCCGAAUGCGAAGAGGGAUCGAGCGACGUUCAUGUACGAAGACCACGCGCUGCUUGAUUCACUGAAAAACAUGAAUCUCAGCGGCAAGAUGAUGGCAGAGGCCCAGGCCGCGCUGGACGAAGGACCCAACAAAAGACAGAAGACACCGGAGGCGGUGGCUGACGGCGAGAGCCUAGCAACGAAUGGCGAGCCGACGUCAGCAAUCGAGCCGAAUGGUGUCUCCAGCCACUCUGGGUCGCGCGCUGGGCCUAUCCGGAGAGAGAUAGAGGUAGGCGUUGAGCGAUUCCAGGCUGCGACGGGUGGUGUCCUGGAUAGGAUCGCCGAUGCAAUACACCGUACUAUCGCCGCCGAGAUGGUACAGCAAAGGAGCCAGCUUUGGGACUCGUUGAUAGUCGUCGGUAACGGCGCCAAGCUCAGAGGCUUCAAAGAGGCGCUCAUGUCAACUCUCCAGUCUAAGUACCUGAUCUCACCUUCCUCCGCCACGAUUUUCACUUCCGAGCUCCCGUCGCACAUGACGACACCCACCGGCACCGGCGCGAAUACACCUCAACCUCAACUCGGUCUCCACGGCGGCGGAUCCAGUAGUGUUAACCCACUCCUCCUCGCCGCUACUACCGCACAAACCCAACAUCUAGCGCCUCCUCACAUGCCCUCGUCACAGAUGCAACAUACACAGUCGUCGCAUCAACAAACCCCGCACAGCAUCAAGUUUGCGAAAGUGCCAGACUACUUCCCGGAAUGGAAGGAUUUCGGCUACGACGAGGCUGGUUUCUUAGGCGCGCAGGUUGCGGCAAAAGUGCUGUUCGUGGUUGAUACCAAUCAGAAUCAGAAGGGCUACAUGACCAGGAGCGACUACAACGAGCAAGGUCCAUCGGGUAUCCAUGAUUUCAGUCUAUGA